AGUAAUCACCGCCUUCCUUCUUGUGUCAGCAAGCCCCGCCCACUGUAGACAUGGUAACGCCUAUGGCCGCUCCGCCCAGGAGAUCUCUGCUGCCUCCGCUGAAUGAGCGGCGGUGCGCCUGAUCAUGGGGUCUGUCAGGAACGGAUGCCGGGAGCGGCUGGUGCUGGCCGUGGACGUCGGGAGCACGAUUUUACGUUGUCACGUGUACAACGCGUCCGCAGAGACUUGUGGGAGCGCGGAGGACAAGUUAAAAGUUUUGUACCCUCACCGUGGACACGUGGAGCUCGACCCUGAAGAACUAUGGAAGCAGUUUGUGACUGUGGUGAAAGAGGCAGCGAAAGAUGCAGGUGUCCAUUUAAGUCAAAUCGCUGGUCUUGGCAUCUCCACACAAAGGGCAACUUUCAUUACCUGGAACAAGAAGACCGGAGAGCCUUUUCAUAAUUUUAUCAGCUGGCAGGACCUGCGGGCGGCAGAUCUGGUCAGUUCCUGGAACAGCUCUUUUACGUUGAAGGCUGUUCAUGGUUCCUGUAAAUUCCUCCACUUCUUCACACGAAGAAAGCGUUUUCUAGCAGCGAGCCUGAUCAAUUUCACCACUCAGCACGUGUCCCUGCGGCUGGCGUGGGUCUUGCAAAACAUCCCUGAGGUGCGUCAAGCGGCAGAAGAGGGCAAUUGCUGUUUUGGUACCAUUGACACAUGGCUGCUGUAUAAACUCACAAAUGGCUCUGUACACGCAACGGACUAUUCUAAUGCAAGUAGCACCGCCAUUUUUGACCCUUACUUGAUGAGCUGGAGCUCCUUCCUCUGCUCGCUGCUGUCCAUCCCUCUCUCUAUAUUUCCUCCCGUGGAGGACACCAGUCAUAACUUUGGAGAAGUGGAUCCCAGUAUUUUUGGAGCUCCAAUCCCGAUCCGGGCGUUGGUUGCAGACCAGCAGGCUGCCAUGUUUGGCCAGUGCUGUUUUGAUGUGGGGGAUGUUAAAUUGACAAUGGGAACUGGAACAUUUAUGACCAUCAAUACUGGGACUAAUCUCCACACUUCUAUAGCCGGUCUAUACCCGCUAGUUGGCUGGAAGAUUGGCAAUGAGUUGGCGUGUUUAGCGGAGGGUAAUUCCUCCGAUACAGGGACUGCUAUCAAGUGGGCACAAGAGCUGAAUCUUUUCACAGAUUUUGCAGACACCGAGAUAAUGGUCAGAAAUGUCCCGGACUGUGAGGGGAUUUACUUCGUACCAUCCUUUUCAGGCCUGCAGGCUCCAGUGAAUGAUCCCUAUGCAUGUGCCUCCUUCAUGGGACUGAAGCCUUCCACCACAAAGUGCCACCUUCUACGAGCCAUAAUGGAGUCAGUGGCUUUUAGGAAUAGGCAGCUUUAUGACACCAUGCAGAGAGAGACCUCUAUUAAAAUCUCAAAAAUAAGGGCUGACGGAGGAGUCAGUAACAACAGCUUUGUGAUGCAGAUGACCGCAGAUCUAUUUGGCCAAACCAUUGAUAAACCAAAGCACACAGACAUGUCUUCCCUGGGAGCUGCCUUUCUAGCUGGCUUAGCUGUAGGAGUCUGGUCCACCAAAGAAGAAUUGAAGAAGCUUCGGCAUCCAGAAGUCUUGUAUGAACCACAGCGCAAACUCAAAGAUUAUGAGGCCUCCAUGUCUGGCUGGGAACUGGCCCUUCAGCGCUGCUCCAACUGGUAUAAUGACUCGUAGCUAAUGCUAUAACCAUUAUGGCCGGAGGACACAGGGGCAAUGAUGCAACACUAUGGACACCAGGUGGAUGUCAGCAGUUCCCUUUGAAGGAGACUAUAGUAUGAUGAGGGAUCUGGCUGACACAUCGGGUUAAAACUACCUAAAAAUGGAAUGAGAAGUGCACUUUUGUAUAUUUGUGCUGCUGUUUCUUGUAUGUUAUGUCCAUAUAUCAGGGUAUUUUAUUCCCAUAUCUAGGCUUUCAGAGCUGCUGGUAUGGUGACUGAUGUGCCUUGAUGCUGUAGGCAAUGUCUUAAGAAGACACGGCCUUUCUAGCUGCAUUAUUGGGCUCUUUAGUUCCUGUGGUAUCGUCACAGUCUGCACACAGGCGGUACUGGUCCAGAUGGUAGUUAUUGUACAUGUGAUGGAUCAGUCUGAACCGCACCAAAGUGUUCAUGCCACAAAAGUUGUGCUUGUGAUAUCUUUUCAUUGCCGAAAUGUUCUUAUUUUAUGCUGCUUUUAAUUGUACCUUAAAUAUCAGGGAAUUGUCUUAUGAGCAAUUUCCUGACGUUAUGUCAGUUGCUAAAUCUAAAUGAAUCUGAAGGAUGGCAGUCAUAUAGCUUAUGUUAUCAUUAUAUUAUGUGAAGGUCAGUGCAGUAGAUCUUCAUGUCCGUGGGACUUGGCGCACUUCAUGGGGUUAUUCCUCACAUGGAUCCAGAGAUCUCCACAUUCACUGCUCCAAUUUCUCUGCUAGAUUUUUCAGAUCAGUGAGAGCUUUUUUUUUCAACUGGGGUUUAUGAUACCUGCUGAGGUGAGUAGUUCUGUACUGCAGUCGAAGGUCACAUUCAUGAAGCUGUAACAUGGCUCCAUCAGUAGACAUAUUUAGUGCCCAGAGUGGGAUCGAACCUCAUAAGGACAAAGGAGAAAAAGCUUUGAGGUUCUGCUUGGAAAAGGAAAAUCUGCUUUCUCCAGAUGGUUUCCGGUCCUGUUCUUCAUACUAAAUCCACCUCGGCAUUACAGCUAUCUGAACACUGCCUAAGCACCACACUAAGGCUACUUUCACAGCCCCGUGUAUAACUCCGGCAUGGCUGUUCCGACAGACAAGUGGAGAAUCGGCUGGACACAAACCUAUGGAUCUCCGCCGGACGCCAUUAUGCAUAGUUACAUAGUUGUUAAGGUUGGAAAAAGACAAAAGUCCAUCAAGUCCAACCUGUAAUCCUUCUUUACCAAUCCACAGAAAAAAAUCCUGGAUCAAUGUCCAUCUUCCUUUUAAAAUGGGCUUGGGCCAAAGGGAAAGGGUGCGUAGAACAAGAUUUCUAUACAUUGUCAUAAGGCCUCAUGCACCCGGCCAUGGCUGUAUUGUGGCAUGUAAACAGCAGGUCUGCAAUAUGCGGGCACCGUCCAUGUGGUCCCAUUCACUUGAGCAGACUUCUAUUUGCAAUGUCUUUUUUAAAUCUUUUUUGAGAAGUAUUUUGGCACUCCUGUCUAGCAGCUGUUUGAAGAGGCCACGGCACAUCGAUGAGCACUGCAGCUUCUGCCUAGUGACGUCAUGUUCUUCAGUCACGUAGCCUAAGUACAGCUCAGUCCCACGUGAAUGGGCCUGGACUGCAAUACCAAGCACAGCCACUAUACAAUGUACAGCGCUGUGCUUGGUAUACUGCGAGGAGGCCGCGGUGUUCACAGGAGCGCCAAGGCCUCUUCAACAGCUGAGUGACGGGAUCCCGGGAAUCUGACCCCCACCAAUCCAAUAUUGAUAUUCUAUCCUGAGGAUAGGUCUCCAAUAUUCUACUCCCAGAAGACCCCUUAAGUGGAUUGGCACCAUCCUAAAAGUGCCUGUUUUGGUGGGAUGUUCUCUUUUAAUGAUGUAUAGGCUAUUAUGUAAUAUAUUCAUUGUUCUUCUAGAUUAUGAUAAAUCUUUAUAACCUGUAGUGAUGCUAUAAAGAUGUAUUCAUGUCCACUCCUCAACCUAAAGCAAACAGACUGCAGCAUCCAGUAUGAAAGGGUUUCCGGUUUUUGCUCACCUAUGUGAGACGUUCCUGGUAUACAUCAGCUACAUACCAUCGAACUUUUGCACAUGGUUGACCAAUAAAAAGAGCCGUUUUUGGACAGUGUCAGACUUUGUAAAGUUAAGGGAAAGGUUAACGCCCAGUUGUCAAAAAGAAUUCAUACAUUUCCAUGAGGAAUAACAGAGGAACCGCACAGGGCAGAGUUCUAAGGAAAGUAGUCAUAGCUGGAGGCUUUGAGCCUUUACCUCAAUCUUCUGCCGAUGUUAUAAAUCCUAUUUUGUGCCUCCAUUACUUGACUGUGUCUGUUGUCAUAAAUCUGUAAGAAAUAGAAUGAAGGCAAAAUUACUUUUGACUGUAAGAAAUUAGAAACGGUUUUGUAAAAUGACCUCCGUGUUUGUAGCUCCACCAGAACGAUGUACGCUGUGAAUAACUACAUGUAAUAAAGGAGAAAUGCGAUAAGUUUUA